CGUCGUUACACCGCGACGUGUCACAUGGCAGGAUUACCGCUGCAGCCCAAGUUAGUAAAUAAGUUAUUUCGCGUAGGUAGUUAAAUUUUUGUUUCUCUUUUUGUCAUUUUAAACACCUUAAUUCCCCAGUAGCGUCGUGUUUUAUGUUGCGUUAAAGGAAACGUCCAGCCUCGCCUAAGGUUACGGUUGUCUCAUUUGUGUGUGUGCGGGGGGGGGGUUAGACGUAGAAGUCACGGACUUUCUCUGCCGACGUCCGUGAUGAGCGACAGUGACGACGACGACGACGACGUCCCGACCCUGUCAGCGCACACUAUGGCGGCCCUGCAGGAGUUUUACACGGAGCAGGAAACCCGCAGCGAUCCGGCUCUCGAAUCCACCAGCUCCGACCAGUUUGCUGUGGGAGCGGUGGGCGAGGACUGGCGGAUGAGUCAGUUCUGGUACACUGAUGAAACUGCAACACGUCUGGCUGAGGAGCUUCUACGUGAAGCUGGAGAAGGAGGCAGGAUCGCGUGCGUGAGCGCCCCCAGCGUCUACCAGAAACUGAAGCAGCUGACCGGUCCGGACGAAGCGUCUGUGGUGGUUUUGGAGUACGACCGCCGCUUCUCCAUCUACGGCGAUGACUUUGUCUUCUACGACUACAAUGAGCCGCUGUCAUUGGCGGCUAGUGUGGCGCCGCACAGCUUCGACAUUGUGCUGGCAGACCCUCCGUACCUGUCUGAGGAGUGUCUGAGCAAAGUCAGCCAGACGGUCAAGUUCCUCAGCAAAGGCAAAGUGCUGCUCUGCACAGGAGCCAUCAUGGAGAACGUGGCCAAACAGCUGUUGGACGUCAAAGUGUGCAACUUCCUGCCGCGGCACAACAGAAACUUGUCCAACGAGUUCCGCUGCUUCGUCAACUACCCAUCAUGCCUACUGUCCUGCUGACGACCGUGUGCAUGUACUGUUUAUAUACAGUACUGUGUGUGCGUCUGUGUAGGCUCUCAGUCGUACAGGAGUUGUCCAACGAGGGAAAGGCUUCUUGAGACGUCAUCUGUACUUCUAUUAAAGAAGGUGUCGGACGUUUCGCUCCUCAUCCGAGUACACUACCAGAGCGGCAGCUCGUCAUCCACUUGCUUCCGUCGUUUGCCUGUCUGCAGGUGAUCUUGGAGGGUACACGUAGAGACAAAACAUUGUGUUCAUUUUCGUGUUCUUAUAAAGCAUGUCAAACCUACAUUUCAUUGUGUCUUUGGCACACUGUUGUGAUACCAGUGGACAAAAUAUGGUGCUAGUAUUGCAUAUAUUGCUACUAUUGCAUUGUGAAUUAGUGCUUAGGUCUACUUCUGAAGGUUAUUGUCAUAAAUCUGACAGUUCAUUUUUGUUUUGCUGCGUUUUCAAAUUUAAGUCAACGGGUAUAUAACGCAUACUAUACGGUUACUUCAAAAACCUAAAAAAAAAAAAAAAAUAGGUCACAGCAAGCCGCGUGACAUCGCUCUCUUCUCCGAUUGGUCAGCGCCAAAACGUAAACAGGAAGACUGUCUGAGUAGCGAAUGACAUGUCGCUAAUAUACCCUAAAUUGAGCAAAAUAGUAAUUUGUUGAUCACAUGAAUAAUGCUGACAAACUAGUAGCCCACAGUACAACAGGAAACAGAAAAGUACUUUAAGAGGACGUCGCGAGCGUAACAAUGACAAGAUGGCUGACGACAUGCUAACCCGUAGCAUGCUAAACUGAAGACGCGUGUGGUUAACUGUUUUCUAUAUGUAGAAGGUGUAACGUGUACUGAAACCCUGCUAGAUUGUAUGUUGUGUGAGCAUUAUUCAACAGUUAGAAACAAACAGCUACGUUUUCUGCGGUUUACGUUACGCGCGCGCUCACCGCUGACCAAUUGGACAUUACAGCAAUGUCACGUGGCUUGUUGUGACGCAUUUAGGUACACUUGGAAUUCUUACUAAUGAGACAGGAGAAAAGAAACUAUAUUGUGUAACCCGUUUGGUUCGCCCCUGGUCAUGGCCAGGGCUCGAAUCUUUGUUAACCGAAUGUACUAGUAAUGAAACUAAUGGAAACUCGGCCCCUCCAGGUCACAUAGCUCUCCAUGUUUGACCAAAGCCUUGUGGGUUUUUUUGGGGGGGGUAAACAGCACAUCACAUCACAACUGUAAAGUUACAAUGAAUUCCACUGUCUUUAGUCAAUCAGGACAGCUAAUCAAGUCCAGAGAAGACAAGAGCAAUUAAAAAGUGCCAUUAGAGCUACACACUCAGUAUAAAAUUGAGAAAAAUCAUUGCCUGUCACGAAAUAAAGGCUUAAUGAUGAAACAGAUUAUUGUGAACACUGCAGUUGUCCAAAUAGCCACUAGGGGGCAGAUGGUGGCGGUAGUGCUUGGCUGCACCGUGCGUUACUCACAUUAGCAGAGAUGUACCCGCCUUGGGCGUCAACGCCCAGCGCGACAGAGAGAAGCUUCUGGAAGGCGUUCUUCAUGCGCCCCUGUCUCUGGGUGACGUUGUAAGCGUACCUGAUGUUGGGAGUCUUGGGAAGUCGAGCUUCAGUUUAGAACGUUCCAAUUCGUCCAUGUUCAGGAAAUGUAAUCAAAUGUCUACGGCCCCCCACCCCAACCAGAUGAUACAGUUGGUGUCAUUUGACACAUGGUUUGCAACCCGUCCAUCUCAAGGUCAGCGCUUCAGGUGGGAGUGGCGAGCUUUAUCGGAGGCGUUCACCUCACAUGACAGGCUCUAGAGAUAACAUUUGUUCCGGGGGGGUAUGAGAUAUACGCACACACACACACAGGAGAAAACAAGAUAAUGGUUGCAAAUGACUACAAUGUAUCCUGCCGGACAUCAUAUGGUGUUUUUGCUCCUGCUUUCCCAAACGGCCGUGGCGUGCACUCACUCACUGUGUGCUGAGCACGAUCACUUCAAGAGCAAAACCUCUUCUCAAGUCGGCAAAAUUCUACACACAUUUUCUGCUUUGCACACAUUUUGAAAAUUAAAAUGGCACUUUUUAAACGUGAGGGAGCUGAAAAAGGCAAAGCUUUCAGUUUUGUGGUGGAUCCAUGUUCCUACCCUCACCUGUGGUCAUGAGCUUUGGGUCGUGGCCGAAAGGAGUUUUCUGCGUAGGGUGGCUGGGCUCUCCCUUAAAGAUAAGGUGAGAAGCGCUGUCAUCCGGGAGAAACUCGAAGUAUAGAACCGCUGCUCCUCCGCAUUGAGAGGAGCCAGAUGAGGUGACUUGGGCAUCUGGUCAGGAUGCCUCCCAGUCACCUCCCUGGGGAGGUGUUCAAGGCACGUCCGACCGGUAGGAGUCCUCGGGGAAGACCCAGGACACGUUGGAGAGACUAUGUCUCCCAACUGGCCUGGGAACACCUCGGGAUCGGCCGGGAGGAGCUGGACGAAGUAGCCGUGGAGAGCGAAGUCUGGGCUUCCUUGCUUAGGCUGCUACCCCCAUGACCCGACCUCGGAUAAGCGGUGGAAGAUGGAUGGAUGGGUGGCUCCUUCCCUCAAACUGAUGGCCGUGUUGAUCAUUGAAAACUCUUCCUGGAAAGAAAACCUCCAUGGCACGAGUUUGACACGUGGUCUAAAUUAAGAGAAAGACAAAGAAAAACAAUAAGUGGAUAUUCUUAUCACUCACUAACCGAGCUCUUACUGCUUCAUCCUUCAUCCUUAGUGCUACACACAGCACACAUUGCAUUACUUGAUCUAUUUCCACGACGAUACCAUGGAACCAUGGAACGUCCAAACCUUGGCAUUAUGUCAGCUUAGAGGUUCAAUGUGUGUGUUUAUUGUUACGCCACUCCAAAUUACUAACUGGCCACUUAUUAUACGAUUGUGUUGAUUUGCAUGUGGCCUCCUAUCAACAAAAGUAUGUCAAGGCUUUUCCCUUGUGCUGAAAAUGUUUCCAGUUGAAAUGAUUGGGAAGAUGAAAGGUUUGUGUCGGCGAAAUGACGCAACAGCACCGCCUCCCAGGCAGCGAAGGCACGGAGAAUGAUGCUACAAUAUGUGCACUUGCAGACAUACGUGGAGGAUGAAGACGUCAGUUCUUUGUUAUAAAAGGCUCUUCCACUUUGCAAACUCAACGUACCUUUUUCUAUUUAACAUUUAACAGUGAAAAUUAAACAGAUGACCAAUAUUAUGCUGUUAAAGAUUUGUCAAGUGCUAUCAUGAUUACACUUGUGAAAAGACUUUAGCUCUUUGUUUGUAUAUUUUACUGGCGUACUUUUAUUUUGACGGUCGGACUUUGCCGGCUACACGAAGUGUUGCGUCCAAAAUGGCCGAUAAUGCCAGACAGACCGGAAAAGUCGAAGUUGUACUACAUUGUCCAGAAGGCUUUGCGGUGGACCCGGGUAAGGGUCUUGAGGCUACUGCGUGUGUACUGGUUGUAUCAUUAAAGCAAGAAAUUAUCAUUACACGUCGCUGUUCCUGCUCUGUUUACACAAGAAACAUACGUUUUGACUAGACAGUUGACGUGCGCGUUCAAGCGCUGAUCAUGGACUAAUUCUGAUUGAUUAGCACACCUUAUCUUGCGCUUCUGUCGCUCAUCGGUAGAUAGCGCACUCUGGUGGUGAACACAUGCAAUAGCGACUGCUCAUCACGCCCCCCUCUUAAAUUGGAUGAAUUAUGUAAUUGUUAACGUCUUGUGUGUAACGUGUACCACUUUCUACCAAUUGUCUAAGAUGAAGGAAACGGAUGAAAACGUUUGAUAGUACAGCAGAUGAAAAGUAAUUCGUUGAUGAUCACAAUACCCUUUAGACUCUUUCUCUGAAAGCUAAUCAUCAGGUUAGAAAUCUAGGGGUGAUAAUGGACUCAGAGAUGAACCUUACCAGCCACAUUAAAUCAAUAACAUCACCUAAAAAACAUUGCCAAAAUCAAGGGAAAAGUGUCUAAGCCAGAUUUAGAGAGACUAAUCCAUCCCUUUGUCUCCAGCAGGCUGGACUACUGUAACGGCCUUCUCACCCGCUCUCUUAACGAGCCGUAAAACAGCUGCAGUACAGGCAGAAUGCUGCUGCUCGACUCCCGACUAGAAUCAGGAAAUAUGAGCCUUUUAGUCCAGUACUCAGGUCUCUGCACCGGCUUCCUGUCGCUCAGGGAAUAGACUUAAAACAGCUCUGCUUGGACUACACACGGCGAGGCUGCGUUUCUGUUUUAUGCUGCUAAAAUCUGGAACAGUCUUCCAGAAGAUGUGCGACAAUCCUCAACUUUGGCAACGUUCAAAUCCAGGUUCAAAACAUUCAACGGUGCAUACGACAACCGAAACUAUUCUAUCUGCACUCUUCAUUGUUUAUUGUUUUUUGUUUUAUGGAAUGAUUUUAUGAUGUGAUUCUUGUCUGUGAAGCACU